ACACUUCCCCGGUCGAAGCGAAGCAGAGACAUUCCGUCGAACAUGUCGCUCGUCACAGCCUUCCUGGCGGGCACCGCCGCGCCGGCGGCUGCGCCAAGGUCCGCCCGCCCUUCCGCUGGCUUCUUUGGGGUCGGCGGCGGGUGCGCGCUGUCGGUGGAGUGCUCGUCCCGGCCGCAGAAGAAGGGGACCAAGCACCACAUGAAGACGCGGCCCAAGAAGACGCAGCAGUGGGACAUCAAGCGCCGCCCCACGCAGUACCCGCCGCUGCCGGCGCUCCCCGAGGACUGGACGCUCGUCUCCGCCGGCGAGACGGAAGAUGCGGCGCCGGAGGACGCCGCCGCCGCUGUCGAGGUCGAGGUGGUCGCCGCCCCCGCCGCCGCAGACUGACGCGGUGGAGUCCACCCCUGUCCUCUCUGUAUUUCAUUUCCUUCAACUCUCCCGCACGCAUGAUUUUUGUUUGACGUUAUCAGUUGCUUCUAGCGGUCGUUUGUGAUUACAGUCCUGAAUUCCAGCCAAAUUAGCUGUUGCCGAUUUCGAUUCAGUGGUUUCGUUGCUUGAUGAUAUAUAUGGCUUCACGUUCUGUGCA